CACUCUCAUUGGGUAAAUAACAAACCACCCACUUCUUCUGUAGACUACCGUUAGGGAGUCACCAGAAGUUUAACGUUAACGGAGCUCCGCCGAAAUGAGCGGCGUGGAGAUGACACAAACACGGGGCACGACUUCGCUGGAGGUUUUCUGAUAAACGAGGGACGGUUACGAGUGUCGGGCGCCUCUUUGUUAGCCCACCUGCACUUCUCUGGCUCGCGGACGAACUGUUGUCGAUGCUAGCAAAUCUCGUUAGCGGCUAACUCCCGCAGCUAGCGAGCUAACUAGCCGCUUUGCCCGAGUGAAGUGGACGAGUCGCGGGCGUGCGAAGCUAGCAGCGCUGAUGCUAGUUUUAUAGGGAGUUGAUUUAGUCCUCUGAGAGGGUUCAUCGCCACGCUAGGAGGGGGUAACAACCCGUGCCAGCUGCGGGGGGAAUUGCUUCCAGCCCCGUCCACUGUGUGAGUGUCGGAGCAGCGUUUUUGACCCGAUGAGUCCACGCAUGCUAGUUAGCCUUAUGUGUCACAUUAGCUAAGGAAGCCACUGUCUGUUUUUGUUUUUUGGUUUCGUAGUGAAUGCAGUCACCGGUUCCAGCUUUGGGAGGCUGUUUUAUAAGCUGUACUUUUCAUGUCGUCCCUGUAGAAGAAGUGUCAGCAGCGGAGCAUGCAGGAGAAGAACAGAUUCCAGAUAAGCAGAUAGGGGACGCUGGACACUACCGAGUUUAACUGGACUGUGUGGGGUCAGUUUCCCGCAAAACAGGGAUUGCAUUUGGUGGCCGGACUGAGAAAGUAAAGGAUGAAGAAGUUUUCCAGAAUGCCAAAGUCCGAGAGCGGCGGACUCGGAGGGGCGUCCGGGUCCAGCUCCGGAGUCAGCAGCUACUUCGGGAAGGUGUUCGCCGUGGGCCGGUAUCAGGUCACUGUGGAGGAGCUGGUUGCAGAGGGAGGUUUCUCAGUGGUGUUCCUGGCUCGUACUCACAGCGGUGUCCGCUGCGCUCUGAAAAGGAUGUACGUCAACAACGUCCCCGACCUAAAUGUCUGCAAGAGAGAGAUCACUAUCAUGAAGGAACUGUCGGGACAUAAGAACAUCGUCGGAUACUUGGACUCGACCAUCAACGCUGUGUCGGACAGUGUCUGGGAGGUCCUCAUCCUCAUGGAGUACUGUAAAGCGGGUCAAGUUGUGAAGCAGAUGAACCAGCGGCUGAAUGUGGGCUUCAGCGAGGCCGAGGUCCUCCAUAUUUUCUGUGAUACCUGCGAGGCCGUGGCCCGCCUGCACCAAUGCAAGACCCCCGUCAUCCACAGAGACCUCAAGGUUGAAAACAUCCUGCUCAAUGACCAGGGGAAUUAUGUGCUGUGUGACUUUGGUAGUUCCACUCACAAGGUUUUGCUGCCACAUAAAGAUGGAGUGACCGCCGUGGAGGACGAGAUUAAAAAAUACACAACCCUUUCAUAUCGGGCGCCGGAGAUGAUUAACUUGUACGCAGGGAAAGCCAUCACCACUAAGGCUGAUAUAUGGGCACUUGGAUGCUUGUUGUACAAGCUGUGUUUCUUCGCGCUUCCAUUUGGGGAGAGUCAAGUCGCCAUAUGUGAUGGAACCUUUAUCGUUCCCGAUAACUCCAAAUUCUCCGUCAAGUUGCACCGUUUAAUCAGAUAUAUGCUCGAACCAGACCAGGAGAAGAGACCAGACGUUUACCAAGUGUCCUAUUUUGCCUUCAAGUUAGCUGGAAAAGACUGUCCAGUGCCAAAUCUCUUUAACUCUCCCAUCCCUACGUCGCUACCAGAGCCUCUAACAGCCAGUGCGGUCGCUGCUAAGAAAAGUAUGACGAAAGCAAGGAUAACGGAUUCUGUGGGUCCGACGGAGACUUCGAUAGCUCCCAGACAGAGGCCGAAGGCGGCGAACAGCAACGUCCUCCCCCUCGCAAACACCGUCACCCCCGUCAAGAUGACUGUGCCUUCAGCAGCCGUCAGUAAUGGACAGAAAGCCCCCACCCCUGGUUCUGGGCAGCCCACCCUGCAGCCCCAGCCCAACAGCCAACAGCACCGAGUCCUGCAGCAGCUCCAGCCCGGAGACCUGCGACUACAGCAGCUGCAACAGCAACAACACCACCACCAUCAACAACAGCAACAAGCGGUUCAACAGCAGCACGCAAACGCUCAGCAACUCCAAUACCUCCAGUACCAACAGGCUGUGCAGCAGUCCCUUCAGUUGCAGCAACAGCAGGCUCUCCUCCAGCAGCAGCAGCAGCAGCAGAUGAUGAUGCAGCCCAUGUACCAGCAGCAGGUCGCCCAGGCUCAGUACGCAGCCAUGCUGCACCAGUACCAACAGGCUUUUGUCCAGCAGCAGCAGCAACAGCAACAACAUCAACAGCAGCAUCAUCCACAUCAGCAGCAGCCGCAGCAUCCGCAUCCGCAUCACCCCGCUCAGCAGCCUCUCCCCUAUCUGUCCUCCCCUCUUGAGUUCCAGAUCCCCCUGGGUUCAUACAAUGCAACCACUCCUACAGCUGGACCUGGAGCUGGAACCGGGCAGUUGGGGGGGCCGUCACCUGUGGACUCCUCAUACACUAACCCCAGUAGAAACCCCCUCCUCACCUCUGACGGGGUCACGCCGCCCUCUCAGAGCUGCAACAGUGCGGUCAGUAACCCCCCCGACAUGUCGAGAUGGAACCCCUUUGGGGAGGAUAACUUCUCCAAGUUAACAGAGGAGGAGCUGAUCGACCGCGAGUUCGACAUGCUCAGAGCAAAAAAGCCAGUAGAGAGAACGCCCAGUGUGGAAACCGACCGCCAACAGCCCGCCCCCUCCGCCGUCAAGCCCCUCCCACCAGAGGACCUGUUCGGCUCAGUCCCGUUCGUGGCCAGCGCAGGUUCGACUGUGGUGAAGGCGGAGUCUACGGGUGAAGACGCCACUGUCCCCGCCCCCUUCCCCGCCUCUGUCCCCGCCCCCGCUCUGUCGGCUGCAGAGGAUUUAGCGCCCCCGAUGGUCAAAGAACAUAAAGCAGGUAAAAAGGGCAACAGGCCAGGAGACGAAUCCGACAGCGACUUCGAGUCCGACCCUCCUUCGUCAAAAAGCAGCGAAGACGAGGAGGCGGAGUACGACGAAGGCCUGAACAGCGAACACGGCGACGACACCGAGCCCGAGAACCUCGGACAGAGGCCUCUGCUCAUGGACUCGGAGGACGACGGCGAGGACGACGACGACAAGCACAGCUCCGACUCCGACUACGACCCCCGCCGGAACAAAAUCCGCUCAAAGAAACCGCCGGGAGGGAAGGCGGGCUCUGCCACCGCCGCGGUGAGGAGCGCGCAUCGGGAGGAGUCUGGGACGACGCUGAUCACGCCUCCUGAGUCGCCGUCUGCGAGGGCGGCGCCCGGCGUGGAGCACGUGGAUGUCUUUGGCGCAGUUCCCUUCGUGGGCGGGGUCGGGCCGUCGGAGAGCACGGACAUUUUCGCCAAAGCGCCGUUCAGGCAGGUGAGCUACGAGCAGCCGGCGCCGGACGAGUUCGACGUCUUCACCAAAGCGCCGUUCAGCCGGAACCUCUCCAAGUCUGGGAAGAGCGACGGCUCCAUGGGCCAGACUCCGCCCAUUUCCCCCGAGGGCAUUGACAUUUUCGGCUUCUCCCCGUUCCAGCCGGGCCACGCCCCCCCGCCGCCGACCACCUCCCGCAGCGCCGAGGACAUCUUCCGGCCGUCGUACGAGGAGUCCCCGAGUCCGCAGCAGCAGAGGCUGAAGCAGCGCAGCCUCCAGAAGCUGUCGUCACGGCAACGCAAAACCAAGCAGGACGCCGCCGCGGGCGGCGGCAGCAACGGCAAACGCCACCACGGGACGCCCACCGGGGGCCGCAAGUCCAACAAACCCACGUUCCGGACGCCGGAGCGAGUCCGACGGCACAAGAAGGUCGGACGCAGAGACUCGCAAAGUAGCAAUGAGUUCCUGAGCACAUCGGACUCCAAGGAGAACAUCAGCGUGGACAUCACCAUGGGCGACGGCAAGGACAAGGCCGCGCCUCUGCCCGGCGAAGACGCGCUGUUGGACCCGUUCGGAGCCAAACCCUUCCACCCUCAGGACGGCGGCCGCCACAGCCAGUACCAAGGCCUCGACGCCAAGAACGACAUGGGCACCGCCAACGCCAAGUCCUGGGCCGGCCCCCUCCACGGCGCCCUGGGGGAGAGCAGGAUCAUGGACGACUUUGGGGCGGUGCCGUUCACAGAAAUGGUCGUCCACGGCGGACCUCAGCAGCCGCAGCCAGCGCCGCCGCAGACGGUGGAGCUUGACCCCUUCGGCGCCGCGCCGUUCCCCUCCAAACAGUGACUCGAACCCAAACGCCAGGAAAUAAGGGCGUCGCCGUAUGUUUGUGGAAACCAUGGAAACGGUUAAUGUCGACCCAAAACAUGUUCCAUCGUCUAAAACUAAAACAACACAAUGAGACAAGAUUCACAAAUGACGAUAAAAGCACUUGAAUCAGAGCUCAGCAUGGUCUGGUUUAAGAAUAAGAACAUUAUUAUUAUUAUUAUUAUUAUUAUUAUUAUUAUUAUUAUUAUUAUUAUUAUUAUGGUGUUACAGUGCAGAGUAUUCAGGUCAGUUUAGGUCAAACAGUUGUAUUUUUAUGAACCACAGUGAUACUUCAGUCUACAAAUGAGUCUUUUCUUUGAAGUUUUUCUAUUUUUUUCUGGCUUUCAUUCAUAAAUUCAGCCUUUUUUUUUACCCUCAGCUCCUCAUUGGUUCUUUUCCGUCUAAAUCAGGCCAUGAUGGUCUUUUUUUUUUUUUCUGGAAUUGACCUAAAAGUGACAGAUCUGUGUUUAUGGUUAAAACUGAGCACAUUUUUGUGUAAAUAUUAUCAUAUGAUUGUAAAUUAUGAGGAGUUUCAGAAGAAAUCAGAGGGAGAAAAAAGG